CAAGGUACCUUCGACUGAAAAACACAGUAGAGAUAGUCACUUAGCUGUGAAGAUGAAGGAUAACAACAUGAACAAAACCUGCUGUUUUGGCGACAAAAGACAGUGUACCACAUUUGCCGGGGAAAUAAGAGCAGGAACUAUAACUAAAGAAGGUGUCAUCGUUUUUGUUCUCCUCAUCAUUGCCAUAGUCCUUCAAGUGUUUCAGUUUUACAUGUUCAGAAAGAGAUGGAAAAUAGGGACAGCCCCCUGGAAAAGAAACCGGAUCCAAUCUCAGACCUCGGGACGGGAUCAGGAUGUGGCUGAAUGUAUCCCAAAAAGUGAAGACAACAAAGCCCCAAAAGAUGACGAAGAUUCAUCGGGGAAAAAGGUGGUUGAAUACGUCACCUCUUACACUGAAGAACAAAACCCUGAGAAUCGACCUGGGAUUAAAAAACCCCAAAAAGAUGUUUGCGUAAAUAAUGUGAAAGCACUCAGAUAUAGCAAACAAAGAAGUAAUGAAACGGUGUACUCCAAUAAUUCUUUGAUAUAUCCCUUGGUCCAAAAUUCCCAAGAAUCAUCUCCCUCGACAAAGGAAAAAAUUGAAAAGGAGUACGAUUAUACCAGUUUUGCUAUGGUACAAGGUCCUGAUAGAGCGUCUGCACCCUUUGUAGAGGACAAAAAAGAAUCCCCACUGCUGGACCAUAGGGGAAGAACUGUCAGAGAAAAACGCCCAACACCUUGUAGAAAUCAAAAAAUUAGGAAAGCUCCGAAUCCAAUGCGAUCUAAGAUUCCCAGUCCUCCGUCACGAAUGUGCUCCAAACGACAAAAGAAAAUAAAAUCUAGAAAGAUGGAAAAAACUGACUACCUAGACUGGGAAACUUGUCACACAAAUGUGGUAAAGAGCACGCGCAAUCUCAACACCGGGUGUAUUGCGCCUAGCACAAGAGACCGUGGCGCUACUAGAAGCAUGUCACUAGGUAUAACCUCUUCCAUGAGUUGGAAUAUCAACAAUGACUUUGACGACGAUUCAGAUACAGAUGACAGCAAAGAAGAAUUUACCCCCCAGUUAACUUGGUACAUACAAAGGCUUAAGGAAAAACACCCAUACAUAUUACAGAGGUCUAAAACGGGGUGUGUAGGACGAAAAAAAUACUCUGAUACGCGUGAAACCAAGACAUUAGGUUCCAAAUCUUCACAAAGUCUUGGUGUCAUGUUUAUACUGGAUAAGAAUAAAAGUGUCAGUGUUGAAGAUGACCUUGAAAAGAGAAGCUCCGCGGAUUACUUAGCCAUAAUAGACGUACCAAGUCACAAUGAGCAAGAGAAGAUAUUGGAGGAGGGGGUAAUACAAACAGAAGCUGCUCUUUCAUGUAUGUCAGAGGAAAAUGUGGAUAAUGCACAAUGUCAAAUCACAGUGAUGAAGUCUACGUUGAAAUCAGACAGGCCUCUUGUUAAAGGACCACAAACAGCGGAAGAGGUGACUUAUGUAAAUAAGGAAGUUGUUCGUAUGGCUGAUUGCAAUCUUGUUCACGAAAGAACAGGGAGUGCUGUUCUUAACAUGCGUAACUCAGAAGAACUACUGAAUUACACAGAAGACAAAACCGAUCUGUUCACAAUGGCGUGUGACAGCUUUGUUUGAAGUGAAAUGUAAUUUUCCUUAUCUUAUAAAAUCGAAUUACACACGUUACAAAUAACAUAACUUUCUUACCAAGCUUACUCCCUCCUAUUCAAGGGUUAAUUGCUUGAAGUAAAAUCAACAUGAACGAUUUUUAAAUAUAUUUUGGAGUACACAGAGGAAGAACGUGUGAAUACUAAAAACGACACAACUGCACUAUCUCCCAACAAAGAAAUGGAAACAUUGAUUGGCAUAUGGUUUAGAACCUCAUUCCAAGAAUAUAAAACAAUACUCGUUCUGACUUUAUUUCACUCCCGCUUGAAAAGCGGAGGUAUAAAGUGACGGGGGUGUCCGUCCGUACGUGCUUCCGCCUGUACGUCCGAAACACUUGGGGGUACUCUUCUUUUAUCCACACAUACCACUAAAUCAAAUUUAUUGAAACUUUCACAGAAUUUUUUUUACGUACUGCUAUUGUGCACCUCUUAUUUCUCGUUCCGAUGGGACAGAUAUCUGGGGUUUCUCAAAGAAAAACCUGUACACUGCCAUUCUUUCUAUAAUAUUAGGGGCACCCUUCUCAUCUACAUCUCGUAUACAACUAAAUAAAAUUUAAUGAGACUUUACAGAAUCUUUAUUACACAGUGCCAUUGUGCUGCUCCUAUCUCUCGUUUCGAUGGGCAGAUGUUUGGGGUUUCCCAUAGCACACCAAGGACGCUGCCAAUCUUUCUAAAAUAUUGGGAGUGGGGAUGGGGGUUACCCAUCACUUUUCCACAAGUCCUCCUAGACCACUGAAUAAUUUUAAUAAGGCAUUUAUCGGAUCUUUAUGCCAUUGUGUACUUCCUAUUUUUCGUUUCGAUGGGACACAUAUUUCGGGUUUUCCAUAGCAAAAAAGGACUUAAUUUGCUAUUAUACUCAUAUGGGUGCGAAGGGUAUCAUUUUGUGAGCACAGUGCUCACAGUACCUUUAGUUAAUAUAUACGUUGUAUUUCCUCUUAUACUUGUAGUAACAAAAUAUCUUGAUCUUUUACUGCAAUAUGAUUAAAAUCAGACUUCUUAGAUCCGCGCCGUAUACAUUCUGAGUAAGAAGUUUGAUUUUAAACUGCCUUUUACUGCUGUACUUAAUAGGUUAUUGUAAUGUUUUUGAAACGGACCUAGAUGUAGAAUGUACCUUUAUGAAAACAGUAAAGAUAUUAAAAUUUUAA